ACAGCUGUGCUCGUGCACCGUUUGUGUGACUUUCGCAGUCUGUCCCCGGUACCAUGGCGUCUGGCGAGGAGGACGGAACCGUGGAGGAGAAAGAAACCAACAACAAGAAGCGGACGAAAGGCGCCAUCGCCACAGCAUGGCUCACAAUCUACAACAUCGCCAUGACGGCCGGGUGGCUGGUACUGGCAGUUGCCAUGGUCCGGUUUUACCUUCAGAAAGGAACUCAUAAAGGCCUGUACAGAAGUAUAGCAAGGACACUAAAGUUUUUCCAAACACUUGCGCUGCUGGAGGUUGGACACUGUGCAAUUGGUAUCGUGCGGACAUCUGUAAUUGUGACCGGGGUCCAAGUAUCCUCUCGGAUAUUCAUGGUUUGGUUCAUUACAAACAGCAUCAGACAGAUUCAGAACGAGGAGAGCGUGAUUUUGUUCGUGGUGGUGUGGACAGUCACCGAGAUCACACGCUACUCUUUCUACACCUUCAACCUUCUCAAACAUCUGCCAUACUUCAUCAAAUGGGCCAGAUAUAACAUGUUUAUUGUCAUGUACCCAUUGGGAGUGGUUGGUGAACUGCUGACCAUAUAUGCCGCCUUACCGUAUGUUCGUCGAUCGGGCAUGUACUCUCUGAGGCUCCCGAACAAAUACAACGUUUCCUUUGACUAUUACUACUUCCUGAUCAUCGUCAUGCUGUCCUACAUCCCAUUGUUUCCUCAGCUGUACUUCCACAUGCUCCGUCAGAGGAGAAGGGUUCUUCAUGGAGAAAUCGUUGUGGAGAAAGACGAGUAGACGGUAACCAUCCCCAAACCCCAGAUAACAAAGUAUUCGGUCCAAGAUCAAAAUAAGAAGCUACAAUCAGAUAUUAUGGAUGAAUGCACAGUGUUUCCAAAGCUGGGAAAAACUCAAACUAUCAAUAAAUUCUGCAAAGCUUCAACACCCCUCCAGCUGUUUUUUCAUUUCUCAAUGGAAUCAAUAACAAAAUCAAAGGAUUUCAAGCAAAGUACAAGGACACCCCAACUUCAUAGGUCAUCGCAGAUCUGCGUUCCCCAACAUUUUCACACUCAAUGGAGAAACCUCAUCUGUGUUCUGAACAAGACCUUUUGGAUGAAAUUUUCUGUCAAACUAAACCUCAUUCCUAGGUUGAAUUAAAUCGGAUUAAACAUUAUCAACAUUCAUCUACUACACUUUGGAUUCAACCUCACCUGAUCUGGACUAAAUUGUGGUUCAGCCUUUCACUUCCUUGAUGAAAAGGCCAACUUUGACCAGCAUCCUGGCCGAGCCUGGCUUUUUGCUAAUUAGUUCUCAUCUGGAGCUGGCCUAGCUGGUAGACCAACAAAACUGGUUGACCUGCCUGGUCUUGUUAAUUGACUAAGGAAGUCUGGUUAACUUAAGCCUGAUCUAUUGAAAAUUAUGUGUCUGUGGCUACAUUUUUAAUUAAAAAAAAAAAAAAAAGAUAUUAUGUGGCUCCUUACGUGUAUCGCAGCAGCUCUGAGGUGAAAUUUCCACUGUGUGGCGCUAAAAGUGAGUUAAAUGUUCUCCCAAACAGAUGAGGUUUUUAAAGUAAAUGCUCAAUCAAGUUUUAAAUCAACAAAACCAACCUGCCUACCCUAAACCGACAGUGUCAUAAGCGCUAAUGUGAUAUGAAAAACUCAAAUGCUGAAGCAACCACGUCAAUUUGAGGUGCUUCUUUGACACUUUCGGCUCACGUGUCGACUCGCGUGCUCUUCGAGACUCGUCCCCAGUCCUUUGCAUCACAAGUGCAACGCUCUGUCAGUUGCAAGUUGUAAAUGUUGUUGAAUAUGUAAUGCAACAGUUAAAAUUUAUCACCACUAUAGUGUUUAGAAGUCAUUAGAUAGAAUUGUGUGAGGAACAGGGUGAAAAGUAAGUGUUCAUGAACUGAUAAUCUGCCGUUUACUCGUGAUUUGUGUGAAAGUCAAUAAAAGCAUUGUUGUUGUAGUGUCCUCUAGUGUUCAUUUCACCAAGAAACUGCCACGAUACCAGCCUGAUCUUAUGAACGUAGCAAAAUGUUUGCAAAUCGAAAUGAUGUGCUUCAAUCCACAUGUGGCUGCAGUUUCCAAGUGAAAUGUCCAGCGGGGGUGCUAAAAGCGAGUGAAAUAGUGUCCCAAUCAGACAAGGUUUUCAAAGGAGAAUAUUAGAUGGAGGUUUUAUUGUGUAAAACGUACCUCCCUAAUGUAAAACUUUAACCUAAAUUUAAGCAAUAGUGUUCUAAAAACAAAUGAGAGGUAAACAAAACAGACAUCCUUAACCAACACCUAAACCUAACUGAUAGUGUUAUAAAUGCAAAUGAAAGGUACACAAAACAGACAUCCUUACCCUUAAUCAACAUCUAAACCUAACCAAUAAUGUUGUAAAUAAAAAUUAAAAGUAAACAAAACACACAUGCUUACCCUUAACCAACACCUAAACCUAACCGAUAGUGUCAUUAACGCAAAUGAAAGGUAAACAAAACAGACAUCCUUACCCUUAACUAACACCUAAACCUAACCAAUAGUGUCGUAAACACAAAUGAAAGGUAAACAAAACACACAUGCCUACCCUAAAUCAACAUCUAAACCUAACCAAUAGUGUCAUAAAGGCAAAUGAAAGGUAAACAGAACACACAUGCUUACCCUAAAUCAACAUUUAAACCAACCGAUAGUGUCGUAAAUGCAAAUGAAAGAUAAACAAAACACACAUGCUUACCCUAAAUCAACAUCUAAACCAACCGAUAGUGUCAUAAACGCAAAUGAAAGAUAAACAAAACACACAUGCUUACCCUAAAUCAACAUCUAAACCUAACCAAUAGUGUCAUAAAGGCAAAUGAAAGGUAAACAGAACACACAUGCUUACCCUAAAUCAACAUUUAAACCAACCGAUAGUGUCGUAAAUGCAAAUGAAAGAUAAACAAAACACACAUGCUUACCCUAAAUCAACAUCUAAACCAACCGAUAGUGUCAUAAACGCAAAUGAAAGGUAAACAAAACACACAUGCUUACCCUAAAUCAACAUCUAAACCUAACCGAUAGUGUCAUAAACGCAAAUGAAAGGUAGACAAAACACACAUGCUUACCUUAAAUCAACAUCUAAACCAAACGAUAGUGUUGUAAAUGCAAAUGAAAGGUAAACAAAGCACACAUGCUUACCCUAAAUCAACAACUAAACCAACUGAUAGUGUCGUAAAUGCAAAUGAAAGGUAAACAAAACACACAUGUUUACCCUAAAUCAACAUCUAAACCUAACCGAUAGUGUCAUAAACGCAAAUGAAAAGGUAAACAAAAGAGACAUCCUUACCCUAAAUCAACAUCUAAUCCAACAAGUAGUGUCGUAAAUGCAAAUGAAAGGUAAAAAAACACAUUUACCAUAAAUCAACAUCUAAACCAACCGAUAGUGUCGUAAAUGCAAAUGAGAUGUAAAAAAACCACACAUGCUUACCCUAAAUCAACAUCUAAACCCAACCAAUAGUGUCGUAAACGCAAAUGAGAGGUUAAAAAAAAUACGAUUAUCCAAAAUCAACAUUUAAACCCAACCGAUAGUGUCGUAAAGGCAAAUGAAAGGUAAACAAAACACACAUGCUUACCCUAAAUCAACAUCUAAACCAACCGAUAGUGUCGGAAAUGCAAAUGAAAGGUACACAAAACACACAUGCUUACCCUAAAUCAACCGAUAGUGUCGUAAACGCAAAUGAGAGGUUAAAAAAAACACACGAUUACCCAAAAUCAACAUCUAAACCCAACCAAUAGUGUCGUAAACGCAAAUGAAAGGUAAACAAAACACACAUGCUUACCCUAAAUCAACAUCUAAACCAACCGAUAGUGUCGGAAAUGCAAAUGAAAGGUACACAAAACACACAUGCUUACCCUAAAUCAACCGAUAGUGUCGUAAACGCAAAUGAGAGGUUAAAAAAAACACACGAUUACCCAAAAUCAACAUCUAAACCCAACCAAUAGUGUCGUAAACGCAAAUGAGAGGUUAAAAUAACACACGCUAAUUUUCUGAUGCAACCAUGUCAUUUCUAUGACACUUUCAUCUCACGUCUCAGCUUCCGUGUUUGGCUGGGCUCGAACUGCUGUCUGUCUAGUCCUUAGUCUAGUUCUAUCAGGUAAGCUACCGCAGAAGCUAGUCACUGUGGAAUAAGGGUGUAAAUGUAGGUGGGUCUGUAAUUCAAGCAUUAAAAUGUGUAGUUUUUCAAAUGAUGCGUUAUAGUAAGUGUUUCGAUAUCAUAACAUGGCAGUGUGCGACUAAUAAUGCUCAAAAUAAGUAUUAAUAAAGUCAUAAUUAGCCAUUGCAGUCAUGAUUUUGUGAAAGUGAAUAAAAUGCACAGUUGUUGUAGUGCUUCUAGUGUUCAUUUCACAAGGAAACUUGUGUCAAAACGUAGUGUUUGCAACAAAAAAAAAGUCAGUUUGCAAAAAUGUUGUUAUGGUAAUGUUCAUUCUAUGAAACUAGGUUGCGUGAUACGUAUGAGUCACGUAAAAAUAAUUUCGCAAAAAUGUCGGUAUAGUAAUGUGAUUCUGUGAGACCUGGUUGGUUAAUGUAGUAAAGAAGUCUGUUGGGUCUUUUCAGCAGGAUUAUGUUGUUGUUUGCCAAUCAUCUAUGUUAUUAGCUGGACAGAUUAGGAAUUCAGUCACUGAUAUUGCCUUAUCUUACCAUAUCCAUCUAAAUGGUAAAAAUGCUAGUAUAGUAAAUGGCCAUUUCAACACAAUAACAACAUUUCACACUAGCAAUUAAGACUCUAAGAGAACUAGUGGAUUGAAUGUAUGGGAUUGACAAGAGAUAUGUAAACUGUAUUUUUAUCACUUGCCUAUAUCAUUUCACAGAUUAUGUUUCAUUCAUAAACAAAAAGUAUAAAAAAGAUAAACAAUCGUAAUCCACAUAAACAAUCAACUUCUUUGUCAAACAUCUUUAAGGGUUUAUCUCUUAAGUAUUCGUGAAAAUGACUGUCGAGACAUCUUCAUCUAGAUGUCAAAGAUGUUCUUAUGUUGGACAAGCAAGUUUUUCAAAAAUCUUAAGUGUGAGAAAUAAUUUAUUUAGAAUGUCUUGUUCAAAUGCUUUUUGUUUUGAAUAAUAAUAUAAGGGUUCAAGGCAAAGAGGGGAAAAUGUCACAACUUUCUGAAAUAUUUUGUACACUUCGAUCUGCACUAUGAUUAUUUUUGUUGCUUCAAUGUUUACAAUGCAAAAUAGAGCAACUAAACUGGUGAAGUUUGUACAGGUAGAUCUGUAGAAAACAAGCAGCGCAGGUUAGGUUAAUUCAAGACUCGUUUAACAAUGAAUGCUAAAACCGCUGUCAGACCUUCUGUGUUGUAUUGUGUUAUCUUUUUGUAAGAAACUUGAGUUUCAUGC